GGAGCGGUGGAUGAAAAUGGCGGCCGCAAAGGCGGCCGGGGCAGACAGCGGAGGAGGCAGUAGGAGCUGCUGAGUCGGGCCGGUGUCGAGAGCCCAGUCGAGGGUGGCGGAGGCUCCGGGCGGCCGUUAAAGACUCGCGCGAAAUGGAGAAAAAGAUCCUACUUGAACUGUGUCUUAAGUUCUAUAAUGGGGUAUGGAAUUGUGCGCUGAUGAGCCAGGAAGGAGAAUGCUCAAGUGACUAAAGAAGAUGGGUGCUAAUGCUUCAAACUAUCCUCAUUCGUGUUCCCCAAGGGUAGGGGGAAAUUCUCAGGCACAACAGACAUUUAUAGGAACAUCAUCCUAUUCCCAUCAAGGUUAUGGCUGUGAAUCUAAACUUUAUAGCCUUGAGCAUGGCCACGAGAAACCUCAAGACAAGAAGAAGAAAAGUUCGGGCCUUGCUACCCUCAAAAAGAAGUUUAUUAAGCGCCGAAAGUCUAACAGGUCUGCUGAUCAUGCCAAGCAGAUGCGUGAGCUCCUCUCAGGCUGGGAUGUCAGGGAUGUCAAUGCUUUAGUGGAAGAGUAUGAAGGAACUUCAGCCUUAAAAGAGCUUUCUCUGCAAGCUAGUUUGGCAAGACCAGAAGCCAGGACGCUGCAGAAAGACAUGGCUGAACUGUAUGAGUUUAAAUACUGCACAGAUGUUGAUCUAAUAUUUCAAGAGACUUGUUUCCCUGUGCAUCGUGCAAUUUUGGCUGCGAGGUGCCCAUUUUUUAAGACCCUACUUUCUUCCUCACCAGAAUAUGGUGCAGAGAUUAUAAUGGAUAUCAAUACAGCUGGUAUUGACCUGCCCAUGUUUUCUGCUUUGCUACACUACCUAUACACAGGUGAAUUUGGGAUGGAAGAUUCAAGGUUUCAAAAUGUUGACAUUCUGAUGCAGCUUAGUGAGGAAUUUGGAACGCCAAAUUCUUUAGAUGUUGAUAUGCGAGGGCUGUUAGAUUACAUGUGCUAUUAUGAUGUGGUUCUCAGCUUUUCAUCCGACUCUGAACUUGUUGAAGCUUAUGGUGGAAGUCAGAGCUGUUUAGAUGAGGAGCUCAGAGCACACAAAGCUAUUAUUUCAUCACGGUCACCCUUUUUCCGGCAUCUACUACAGAGGAGGAUACGAACUGGUGAAGAAAUUACAGAUCGAACACUAAGGACUCCAACAAGGAUUAUACUAGAUGAGUCUAUCAUACCAAAAAAAUAUGUGAGAGUAAUUUUAAACUGUAUGUAUACAGAUUUGGUGGACCUCUCUGUUUUGCACAGCAGUCCAUCAGUAGGGAGUCUAAGUGAAGUCCAGGCUCUUGUAGCAGGAAAGCCAAGCAUGACAAAGGCUGAAGAAGCUAUGGAACUUUACCACAUAGCACUUUUCCUGGAGUUCAGUAUGCUCGCGCAAGGCUGUGAGGAUAUUAUCGCCGAGAGCAUCUCGCUGGAAACCUUAAUUGCCAUUCUCAAGUGGAGCUCCCAGCCUUAUGGCUCCAAGUGGGUACACCGUCAAGCCCUGCAUUUCCUCUGUGAGGAGUUUUCCCAAGUCAUGACUUCAGAUGUCUUUUAUGAACUGUGCAAAGACCACUUGCAAACUGCUAUCCAGUCAGACUACUUACAGGCAAGUGAGCAAGAUGUCUUGAAAUAUCUUGUGAAAUGGGGCGAACAUCAAUUGAUAAAAAGAAUUGCAGAUCGAGAACCCAAUUUGCUGAGUGGCACAGCUCAUAGUGUGAACAAGCGUGGUGUAAAGAGGCGAGAUCUUGAUAUUGAGGAAUUAAAAGAAAUCCUUUCUCCUCUCCUACCAUUUGUCCGCACUGAGCACAUCUUGCCUAUGAACAGUGAAGUACUGACAGAUUCUAUGAAGAGGGGUCUCAUCAGUACACCUCCUUCAGACAUGCUGCCAACAGCAGAAGGUGGAAAAUCGAAUGUGUGGCUGCGACAAAAAAAUGCUGGAAUUUAUGUGAGGCCAAGGCUGUUUUCACCAUAUGUGGAGGAGGCUAAGUCAGUUCUGGAUGAAAUGAUGGUGGAACAGACUGACCUCGUUCGUUUACGGAUGGUUAGAAUGUCCAAUGUACCAGAUACCCUCUACAUGGUAAACAAUGCAGUUCCACAAUGUUGUCAUAUGAUAAAUCACCAGCAAAUGACCAGUAAUCAGUCCAGUCCUCCUUCAGUUGUAGCCAAUGAAAUUCCAGUUCCUCAUCUCUCUGUUGUCAAAGAAAUGGUCAGGCGGCUGCAGGAACUCCGCCAUACUGAGCAAGUUCAGCGAGCUUAUGCUCUGAACUGUGGAGAAGGAGCUACAGUGAGUUACGAGAUUCAGAUCCGUGUAUUGAGGGAAUUUGGCCUUUCUGAUUCUGCUGCUGAGUUGCUGCAGAAUCCUCACAAGUUCUUCCCUGAUGAGCACUUUGGAGAUGAAAGCCCACUUCUGACCCUGAGACAGUCCAGUCGAUGUCGUGUGAACAGCACGCCCACUGCAGAAACAGCGUUUACAGAGCUAGACUCUUUGGUGGCCUUCCAUCCACCACUCCCCCCUCCGCCCCCUCCCUACCAUCCACCAGCGACUCCAGUUCACAGCCAGUUCAAAGUCGGAUGGAAGCACCGAGCCCAGAGUCAGCACCCCUCGCGUUCUUUUUCUUACCCUUGUAACCAUUCACUGUUUCACGCCAGAACAGCCCCGAAAGCUGCCCGACCCAAUUAUUUCUCUGGGGUCAAAGGCACACCUCCAGAUUGCACUAACACUGCAGGACUGGGAAGACAGACCGUUGCAGCUGCAGCAGCUGUGAUGGCUGCUGAAAAGCAAGUGGGUGUUCAACCUGUUCUCAAUGAGCUGAUGCCAGAUAUUGCGAUGGGUGUGUCAACAAUGUCUCUGAAGGACAGGAGGUUGCCAGAGCUUACAGUUGACACAGAGCCUGUUCUGGAGGUGACACCAGGACCCCCUCAGCAUGUUUCUUGCAUUCAAACAAGGCACAUACACAGUUCGCGGAAGAAACAUUCAGCUGAGCAAAAGCUGGAUCCUAGAGAGAAUCAACAGGAAUAUCCUGAUUUCUAUGAUUUCUCAAAUGCUGCAUGCAGACCUUCUACUCCUGCCCUUACCAGGCAUACCCCUUCACCUUCUCAAGGUAUUUACUUUGGCCCAGAUUUAUAUAGCCACAAUAAAGCAUCACCCAGCGGCUUAAAAACCACUCAGUUACCUAAUCACAUUUCUCCUAAAAAACUAGAAGAUUCUAGGAGAGAUUAUGCACUUUCUCAAGAAGGGCAUCCACACAGACAAAAGAAUGAACCAAUACACCUCGAUGUCUUAGAACAACCUCCCCAGCGGCUGGACUUGGCUUUGGCUGCCCAGGAGAACACUGGGAAUAUCUCAAUUCAUGCAAGGGGACGAACGAAAGUAGAAACAGAUUUAACGUAUGGACUAACCUCUAGUCGACCUUCCCUGCCUUCAUACAGUUCAGAAAUCCAUGAUGAACCAUCUAGCAGGAGAUUGGCCGAUACUGAGCCUCUGGAGGGUGAAGCCCAGAGAAAUGCAGAUUUGGAAAGGGAAGAGGUUGUAAGUAGAGGAAGAAAGUCUCCAGACUUCCUGUACAAAAAAUCUGCCCUCUGAAAACCCUCCACCUCCACUUCUUCUCUGUGCCUAAGAGUUCUGAAAGAUCAGUCUUUGAAAUCACUGGCCUGAAAUUUGUCGGGCCAGUUUUUUUCAAUGCCAGCCGCUAUCAUUUUUUUAAUUAUUAUUUUUGUAUAUACAUGGCUUCAUUAAGAGAUGGCAUGCUCCCAGUUUAUUUGGAAUGCUGCUUCAGGGUUUAUGUUUUCAACAGAUUUUGUUAAAACUCUUCUCAAAAAUAUAUUUUAACUGGCACCUUUAAAAAAAGAAAAUAAAAGGUAGCCUUUUGCACCUGUACAUUAAUUUUAUUAGUUUUUAUAUUGGUAUGUUAAACUUCUACUGUCAUAUUUUAUAGGACUGUAUGUUCAUACUAUUUUGGGUGUCUUUUAAAAAAAAAAAAAUCAUUUCCCAUUACUCAGUGUGCAUUAGGCUGCAUACUUGCAUACUUAAGAUGUAUUUUCUUACAAGAUGGUCGAAAUAUCUGUCUUUAUUUUUUAAUGAUAAUAGGAAUUCCAAAGAACAGCACACUUACAUAACUGCUCUGGUUAGGUUUGCAACCUUUCUGCUCUACCACUAAUACAAGAAUCCAGCCUAAUGUGUAUGCUCUGUUUACCAAGUCUCAGGCUGCUGAUGUAGCAAGCACUCAGUAAUGUCUGUGGCCAGGAUUUUCUUUAAAAGUAAGGAGUACGAGUCUGUUAGGAUUUCUGAAAAUCUCCUUUUCUUUUUGGAACACUUUCUAAGCCCUUUGGUUACAAUGCAACUAGUGCUUCAAAUUGGUGAGAGUCUUGUAGACAUGCUUCUCUGAUUCUUCAUUUUAGAAGGACACACAGAUGGUAAGAUUUCGUAGCAAGCACAAGGAGGUGAGAAAAUAAUUGCUUAGCAUUUGACAUGGGUGUUAAUGCUACAUUUUGGUAGAACAGACUUCCUUCCCAGUGGAGAAGUCAAGAGAGAUGUUUAUUGCCUUUUUUCUGCCUCCAAAGAAACCAAGGGCUGCAGUUUUAGUGAUGUUAUUGAGUGCAUAUAUUUCUUGUUUUGUGGACAGAAAACAGACUGAAAAAUAAUGGCUAUGACUUAAUGAGCUAUAAGCAGUUUAGCACUUAAUUUAUUCAUUCCCCUCUUGAAUAUUUUGGGGAUUUGUUGAAGUUGGUUCAAAUAUAUUGGAAGGGAGGGUCUUCGGGGUUUUAUGAACAUAAAGUAGAGAUGCUGGGCUGAUAGAUUAUUGCCACUAUGGAUGGCCAUUUCAGCAGUCAGCUGUUUCAGGUACUUGCCACUUAUUUCUCUUGCAUGGACUGGAAAAUUUUCAGUACCGCUGUGUGGUAAUCCCUAGCAAAAGCUUGACUUGAUAUGGUGGUUAGUCCUAAAAUACAUCUCUUCCAUCACUUGAACACCUUAGCCAGAUUGUUAGCUAAUCUUAAAUCUGUUCUUAGAUACCGUACUUGAGACUGUUGAAAUGUAAACUUUGUUUCAGUAUUUUAAUUUUUUUUCCUGAGCUCUUUUUUUUUUUAAGUCUCCACUGAUCUUUUAGUUCCCACUUCCUUUCUCCUUUAGGGGGAAAACACUGUUAAAGAAAAAUGAGAAUUAAUACCCUAUCCAGAUAGUUUACACUACAUUAAUUUUGCUGUAUUUCAAGCAGUGUGUUGCAUCUUUGUGAACUGAAAAAAUACAUUCUGUGAAAAGUUGAAUUAAGUGGUAAGACAGCACCCUGAUGAUAGGAUAAUUGCUUAGUGCCAUUUGCCAAGUAUCUUGUUAAUUAUUAUCUGGAGUUUAAACACAUUUUCCAUCAAACUUCCUUCAAGAAUGUUUGAUACUUUGCUUCACUUGUAAAGAUAGGAUUCCAUUUUUUUGUCAUCUCUAGUGGCA